CGCGCGCGCAGCCCCGCUCCUCCCCGCGCGGCCCCACUUGUGGCCCCGCCGGCAGCUUCGCAGGGACAGCUGCAUUUCUCGCCGCCCGCCGCUAGGAAGCCGGCCUCGCCUCGCUUUCUCCGCCUCCCGGCGCCCAGCCGCGCCGCCGCGCCACCGAGCCGGGCCCGCCGCCGCCGCCGCCGCCGUGGGACCGUGCCCCUCCCCCGCUGCCGGGCCCCAGCGGCCCCGCGGGAGCGGACGCGCGUGCGGUGCUCGGUGACACCAUCAGUCCAUCGCAGCCCCCUGUGCCAGGAUGACUCGAGGAUGUGGAUGAUCUGCAGUCCAUCUAAAGGCUGGCUGAGGUCCGCAUGCCGCCGCCACCCUGGUCCCUGUCCCCUAGCCCGGGCUGUGCAUUCCAGCCAGGAGGAAGCACAGGAGUGAGUCUUCUGAGCCUGUGGAGCAAGCAAGUGGCCGACGACGACGGAGGGACCCAGGGCCAGCGGCUUCUCGGCUUGUUGGAAACAUUCUUCCGCAGCGGUUCAGCAAGAUGACCAGCCUGUUUCGCAGGAGCAGCAGCGGCAGCGGCGGCGGUGGCGGCGGCGGUGGGGCCACCGGGGCUCGCGGGGCGGGGACCGGGGCUGGGGAUGGCAGCGCGGCCCCUCAGGAGCUCAACAACAGCCGGCCGGCCCGCCAGGUGCGCCGCCUUGAGUUCAACCAGGCCAUGGACGACUUCAAGACUAUGUUUCCUAACAUGGACUACGACAUCAUUGAGUGUGUGCUGCGUGCCAACAGCGGCGCGGUGGAUGCCACCAUAGACCAGCUGUUACAGAUGAACCUGGAGGCGGGUGGCGGCAGCACCUAUGAGGACAGCUCGGACUCGGAGGACAGCAUCCCACCAGAGAUCCUGGAAAGGAGUCUGGAGCCCGAGAGCUCUGAGGAAGAGCCCCCGCCUGUGUACUCACCGCCAGCGUACCACAUGCACGUAUUCGACAGGCCUUACCUGGCGGCUCCUCCAACUCCACCUCCCCGGAUUGAUGUCCUGGGCUCCGGACAACCUGCAAGCCAGAGGCGCUACAGAAACUGGAACCCACCCCUGCUGGGCAACCUCCCAGAUGACUUCCUCCGGAUCCUGCCCCAGCAGAUGGACAGCGUUCAGGGUCACCCCGGGGGCUCCAAGCCCAUGAGUGGAGAGGGAGGCCCCCCUCCGGCGCCAGGGCCCAUGGCCUGCGACCAGGACGGCCGCUGGAAACAGUACCUGGAGGAUGAGAGAGUCGCCCUCUUCCUGCAAAAUGAGGAAUUCAUGAAGGAGCUGCAGAGGAACCGGGACUUCCUCCUCGCGCUGGAGAGAGACCGAUUGAAAUAUGAAUCCCAGAAAUCCAAAUCCAGCAAUGUGGCUGUUGGAAAUGACGGUGGCUUUCCCUCCUCUGUCCCAGGAACCAGUGAUACCAACCCCACUGUGUCAGAAGAUGCCUUAUUCAGGGACAAGUUGAAACACAUGGGGAAAUCCACGCGCAGGAAGCUGUUUGAACUCGCCCGAGCCUUCUCUGAGAAGACCAAAAUGAGGAAGUCCAAGAAGAAACAUUUACCGAAGCUUCAGUCGCUGGGGGCUGCUGCGUCCACAGCCAACCUUCUGGAUGACGUGGAGGGCCAUGCUUAUGAGGAAGACUUCCGGGGAAGGAGGCAGGAGGUGCCUAAGGUGGAAGCGGCCCUACGGGAAGGACAGUAAGAGGCGCCGGCAGCAUCACCUUGCCAGAGAUGCUCCGACGGGGUGGGGGCAGCGAGAGAGCAGCGCCAGCGCCCUCCGGCUGCGGCCCAGACGGACGACGACGGUGCUUGUACACAAGGCUCAGGCUUCUCCAGCCACAGCCCAGCCCAGCCACUGCCGCUUUCCACAGGACUUAGAACUUUUCAGAGCUGCUUGUGAUUGGAGGAGGGGCCUGGAGCCUUUGAGACAGCAGCCAGCCAGUCACAACCCCAUUGGUGGUCUGACUCCUCUAUAGGGAAUGAGAAGAAAUGCAGGAACCACCUCUCCUUUCCAAAAAAGAAAGAAAGAAAGAAAGAAAGAAAGAAAGAAAGAAAGAAAGAAAGAAAGAAAGAAAGAAAGAAAGAAAGAAAGAAAGAAAGAAAGAAAGAAAGAAAACAACAAAAGAGAAGAAAAAGAAAACCCCAAGGUUGCAGUUUAGGAACUGGCAAAAUGACCCACGUGGAGGCUCUUUGGGCCUGAAGAGAGUUCUGCUUCUUUCCUAUCUCUCCUGACCUGCCACAGUGGGGCUGAUCUAUACCCUCCCCCAACCCCCUGUGGCCUCCCCCCCCCCAGAGGUCUCCUGCACCUCAACCUUGCCAGGGACUGCUGACUCUUGGCUCCAACCCUGCACGGAACUCUGGACACUUUGGUCUCUUCGGGUCUAGCUUAUAGGGCUGCUUCUAUUAAGGGCUGGCUGUCACCUUCAGCAGCCUUCACUGGACCCAGCAGGGAUGGGGAGGGUGACCCCGGAGCUGGAGGAUUCAGUUUAGGCAGGGUCUUUAGUUUGGCCGAACACAGAAAUUGGUUCUAAAUUUACAUCACAGUGGAGUACCUCAGCGACUGGACCAGUCCUGCUGUUUUGUAAGACGCUGGAGUUUCGGUGACCCCACAUGAAAAGGUUCAGGCUGAAGUGCACGUUGCAGAGGCUGCCAGCCUGGGGCAGGGGAGUGGGGCGGCAAGCACCUAGAACAAGAACUUGCCGGGUACCUCAGGUGGAGAACCAGAAGGGAUUUAAGGAACGGGCACCAACCACUGCCGCAGGACGGAGGCCACAUCCGUGUCCCACUCGUCCCAUGACCCAGGCACGCGCUGACCAUUUAGAGAGAUCUGGGAAACCUGGACGGGUGCGGGGGGGGGGGUCCUGGUUGAGAAUGGGAUCCGAUGCUUGGGUGGUGGGGCUGCUAAGGACUGGCAGAAAACGGGAGCCCGGUGGGAAUGGGACCGCAAACGCCUCAACUCCUGCGGGUCAGUCGAGCUUCCCCGGGCUCGCAAGAGCGGUGCACGCGGAGAGGGACCACGUCUGGAAGCGUGCGCAGCCAGUCCGGGUGCGGGUGGGGGGUGGGGAUCACGUUGGCUCCGAGCCAGGUCUGUGACCCCGGGAAAGAAAGACAGCUCCCCCAUCUCCUGGAGCCCCGGGAAGCUAAACUGAGCUCCACACGUGUCUGGGCCCUCCCUCCUCCAAGGCACUCGGUUGUGUGUGUGUGUGUGUGUGUGUGUCACUUUGUUAUUUUUUCCCUCCAGUGUGUGGUUUCUCCCCCCCCCCCCCUUGGAGCUGUUUCAUAGGAAUUCCGGUAAUAAAGACUUGGUGUUCUCUUGG